AUGCGCGCCCUCACGGAGACAGAGACCAAAACCCUUUUCUCCAAGCUCGCAAACUACACUGGCCGUUCCCUGAAUAACUUAAUCGCACCUCCCGCCUCUUCAGCCACAGAAGGCGACCAGUCUUCAGCAGAUGACCGCCAUGUCUUCCGCCUCCAUGGCUCCCGAGUAUACUAUGUGCGCCUAUCGAUAGCCAACCUGGCCACGGCAGUGCCUCGCGAAAAUCUUCUUUCGCUAGGUACUUGCAUCGGGAAAUUCACCAAGACGGGCAAAUUCAGACUACAUAUUACUGCGUUGGAUGUGAUUGCACCGCAUGCGAGAUACAAGGUCUGGAUCAAGCCGAAUGGGGAGAUGCCAUUCCUUUACGGAGGGAAUAUUGUGAAAGCGCAUGUUGGGCGGUGGAGUGAAGACUGUCCGGAACACUCCGGUGUGGUAGUGUAUUCGAUGGAUGACACGCCUUUAGGAUUCGGAGUCACCGCUCGAUCAACAGCGGAAGCACGAAGGCUUGAUCCCACAGGCAUUGCAGCAUUUCGGCAGGCAGACAUAGGAGAGUAUCUCAGAGAGGAGGAUACACUAUUUACCACGUAAUAAUUCUUAGAUUUAUUUCCUAUUUUUAUUCGUUUCCUGGUCCGGUGGAAAAUUCUGGCGUUUACUUGUGUCUACUUCUGAUUUUCGCAUUUGUUGCUUUCCAGGCUUCCGUCUUUGUUCUGUGUCCACUUUUACUCAAUCUAUAGCUUCGAGUUCAUUUAGUUACGUAUGUGUAUUGAUUGACCUACCUAACGCACUACGCUCAUGUCGUGCGUGGAAUCGGAAAGCUCCCAGAUUCACUGCUAGAGAAGCCUUGGUUUCUGG